AUGGUAGCCCAUAUCCAUGAUACGUUUUAUGAUGCUAAGGCAACUCUGUUAUUAGAAGCUGAUAUCAAGGAAAUAAGAGAAUCCAGAGGUAAAAUACCUAAUGCAUCAAAAAAAAUGGCUAGUAAAUUCCAUAUUGGACCUAAGCGUGUUUAUGAAAUAUGGGAUAAUAAAGAACGCCUCCAACAAGGGGUUAUUUCAUCUCAGCCUGUUUUGGAUGAGAAUUCCCAAACUGGUAAUAUAGAACAGACUAAAUUUGAAUAUUAG